AUGGCAGAACCAACAAAUUUUACUGAAUACUUAACCGAGAAAAUGAUCAGAGACUUGUAUUGCUCAAAACGUUUUACCGCUGGGCAAGUUCAUAAUGAGCUUAUUUUUCUUUCAGUGCUAAAUACUCUACUGGCCACUUCUGCAUUUCUUGGGAACACUCUGAUCCUAGUUGCCUUACGCAAAGAAUCUUCACUUCACCCACCUUUCAAACUCAUGUAUUGUAACCUGGCGAUAACUGAUCUCUGUGUUGGUAUCAUUGCGGAGCCUCUGUGCGUUGUUUAUUUUAUGUCUGUAGUCAACGAAACAUGGGAUGUUUGCCUUAACACACAUUUAAUACUUGCUAUUACGGGAACUAUUUUGUGCGCGGAGUCUUUAGUAACAGUUGCUGCGAUAAGCGUGGACAGACUUCUCGCCUUGUCGCUAGGGCUCAGAUACAGACAAGUUAUAACUUUGAAGAGAGCAUAUACAGCUGUGAUCGUUAUGUGGGUUUUGUCCAUUGUCUGCACAUCAAGCUACUUUUGGAAUCCUCCUAUAUAUCAAUAUUCUGCCUACAUAACGAUAGCUCUCUGCCUGCUGAUCUCCGUGUUUUCGUACACAAAAAUAAUCUUUACUCUGCGCCAUAACCAGAUUCAUACAAUGCUGCAGGGCCACAACUGCGGUCAAGGGCCACCAAGUCAAUCACUUAUCAUAGCUAAAUACAGAAAGGCAGUGUAUAGUGGACUGUGGGUUCAAGGAACACUUUUUAUUUGUUACCUGCCUCACGGCAUAGCUGUAGCUUUAACACCCCAGAGAGGGAUGGAUAUAUCACUUUACCUUGUAAGGCAAUUCACCCUUACUCUAGUCUAUUUCAACUCAUCUUUAAACCCAUUUCUUUAUUGCUGGAAGGCCAGGGAAGUAAGGCGAGCUGUUAGAAGGACACUCAGACAACUUUUCUGUUCAUCCAGCUAA